AUGAAAGGAGUUUUUCUGAAGAAGGACCCUGGCUUAAAGAUCAUACUCGUCGAUUGGAGGGACGGUUCCUUCUACGAUCAGGCAUGGUACUACCUCAGCCGUUACUUCCAAGCAUCGAACAACGCCCUGAUGGUCGGUAGAGUCCUGGCCACUUUCAUCCAACGCCUCAUGUCAAAGUACAACAUCACCGAGAAAUCGGUGCACGUACUCGGACACUCGUUGGGCGCGCAGGUCAUGGGGCAGACAGUGUCGCACCUGUUCAAGAGCUUCGACAUCCGAAUCGGCGCCGGCACGGCCAUGGAUGCAGCAUCGCCACUGUUCAGCUGGAAAGGGAUAGAACCCGACAGGCGUCAUGUGCAUUUCAUGGAAGCCGUGCACACGUCUUCCACCACGAAUAUCCUCAGAGUACUCGAAGGCGCCGUGGGCGUGUACGCCGCUUUCGCGGACGUGAACCUCUACCCCAACCGCGGCACCAUAUAUCAGCCGGCGUGCAGAAAAAAUAAUUACUUCUUCUGCUCGCAUCAACGGGGUUACAUCUACUACUUGGACAUGGUGACCAGAUGUAACUCGAACUGCGAUUUCCAAGGUUCGUUCUGCGAGGACGUCGAGUCCGCCGUCAAAGGCAUAAGCUCGGAGCGGACAACCGACGUUUGCGAUUUCAUCCGAGAAACCAAGGACAAAGCUGAUGGAAGAUACAAUCGGACGAGCUAUAUACUGACCUUCGACACGGCUAUGGAUAAGCUCAACAUCAGAUGCAAUAAUCGAGGACACGCACAAUACUUUUGGAUAUAG